AUGGAUUUUGACGACGGGGAGGCAAUCGAGGACUUAUUCGCCUCUGACGUCGAAUCAAUCGACAGCGAUGCGAGUGAAUCAUUGGCAGCUUCAGCACAUGAGGACACGGAAGUUGAGGCCGAUGAGCGCCGCGAAAUGCUGCGCGCUCCCGUCCUCUCCAUCUGUGCUGCACUCGGGGGCUACGAGGAUAUAGAGCGCGAUGGACGCGUCGAGCAAGUAUACCGUCUUGGAGACGACUGCCUUGAAUGUCUGCGCGACCUACGCCGUUUGUGGCGCCAAGACGAUACGGAUAGCAGCCGCACGAUUGCGCGUGUCUUUGCCGAGCUCGGCACGCUGCACAACGACCUAAUCCCCAUUCUCUUGCAUACAGCCGGCUUUGGCGAGAAAGAAGACAAGAUAGCACUUGCGUGUACUGACCUCAUCACCGCGCUUACCUGGCCGAUCGAUUUCGCCGCAGAGGUGCGCGACGUUGCGAUGCGCGAAGACGACGACGACGUGCUCACGAGCCUAAUGGAUAUACAGCACGCGCAGCGCGAGUACAAAGCAUCGGUGCUUCGUGUGCAUGCCAAAGAGCCGCGCCUCGUGCAGCGCAACACCAUUUGUUGCGUAAUGCGCCACGUCAUGCUCCCGUCCCUGGCCAAGACGCGUGCCGAGCGAAAUGAGCGCGACGUUGGCGUCAUUGGCAUGUGUCUGCACCUUUUCCGCAACCUGCUUGCGAUUGAUGAUCCAGUCGUUCAUCCACGCGCAAGCAUGGGCGUGCUGGCGAACGCGACGCUGCAAAGCGUGCUUGUAGAGCAGCUACAAGCCGAGCAUGUACUCGCCACGCUCAUGAUGCUGGCGAGUAAUGCAGAUACCAAAGAAUACGAGGCCUGGACUCCGGUCGUUGCCGACUGCGUAUACCAGGUAUUGGUAGGCGGUGAUCUUUCCCAGGUUGCCGCGCCGAUCCACCAGCAGGGCCCAAGAGCCACAUCCGCACUUGCUGCAUCCCUCGCUCGCGAAUCGCGCGCCGAACGGCACCAUAUCAUGCGCACAGGCACCUCGCGCCACUCGCGCUUUGGCACCUCGCUCCAGUUUAUCGGUCCCGACGGCCACAAGCACAAUGCGCUGAAGCAAACGGCCAUCACCAAGCCCACGGCGCAGCUCGAGCAAGCUGCGACCGACAAGAUGAAGCGCCGCAUCUCGCGCAUGCGCCCAGCCACCGAGCGCGGUGCCCAUGCGCGGCGCACCGCGUGGACCGAGCCUGCGCGCGCGAUUUUGCAGUCCUGGGCCGACAAGAUGCUCGGCGACGGGGUGUAUAUGACGCUGCAGCAAGCCUAUCUACGCGAUAUCCACGCAGAGCGAGAGCGCGUCGGCGAUCUUGAUACUGCACGCUGCAAAUCCAUGCAGCUUGCCACCUUCUUCCUCGACUAUUUCCUUGCGCACGAGGACAGAGCGGCGUGGCCGUUUGCCUUGGUCGGUGCGUGGCUCGAGCCGUGGGCAUUUCGCCUUGCGCGAGCGCGCGCUGCAAUAUCGUGUGAGGCCAAGCAGUGGCUCGAGUUUGUCGUGAGUGUGCGGCUCUGGACUGCACUGCUGCGUCUCUUGGAGGCGCUGUGCCACGGAGACGAAGCCGAGCGUGUGGCUGCCGACGAACUGCAACAGACGCUGUACUACGACAGCGAGAUGCUUGACACGAGUUUGCUUGUGAUGCACGCGUACAGUGCACAGAGUUUUGCGUGCCUGGAAGCCGUGCUGGACUUUGCGUAUACGAUGCCGCGCCUCUUGCAGCACCAUGCCGCCAGCCACGAAUGCAUGUUUGUCAACAAGCGUCGUGACGAAGGAGCCAAGGAGGAGCGCGUAUUCCGCUUCCAGACAUUCCAGCGUGCGAUGGCGACUAUGCGCAUGGCGCAUGUAUGCACACAGUAUCUCGUUCGCUGGGCCGAUUCUACACAGCCGCAGACCAUGCUCCCAAAGCUAGCCAGUGUCACCCACCGACUUGUCGUCAAAGCUGAGCGGCCGUACAUUUUUUUUAGUGCCAAAGAGCGGUCUCCAUGGUUACGCCUCUUGCAUGGAACUACACUGCCGCCGCUCCAGGACUGUGAUGCAGCCGUGGCUGCGAAUCUGCACAAACUCGCGGCGUACAUGGAACGCAAGUUUACCAAGCUUGCUCCCGAAGCACAGCGUGCGUUCGACGAGAACAAGCGCCCUACAAAGCCCAAGGCGGACAAGAUUCCCGCAGAUAUAAUGGUGCGCGAAGGCUUGGAGCACUGCGAAGAAGUAGGCAUUGCGAUGGGGCUCUUGGCCGAGCAGCACAAACUCCCAGCAGUCAUGUGGGUCAAGUUUGCGCUGGAAUUCGCUGGUGCGGAACGCAGCGCGCUGCUGGCGAGCGUGCCGGGCGAUAUAGACGAGCUAUAUGCGUUUCCGCCUAAGGAUGUACAGGCGCAGUUUGUCGAACAUGUGCUGCGCCCUGACAGUGUGGAUAUGCAGAAAGAUGCGACGCGGCAUCCUGCGCUCAAGCUCCUCUGCCGCCUGGUCGGCCUCGAGUGUGUGCCGAGCGGCGAGAUGCUGGAAUGGCGCGUGCCGACAUCCAUGGCGCCUCGCGCACUGCAGCGCGAGGUGCGGAUUAUGGACCAGUACCUUGCGCAGCCAAUGUUGGUAGAGGGCGAGCUGAGCGAUUUGGUGCACAAGGCGCGUGUGCAGCGCAACGACGCGGUGUGCGGCACACGGGACCAAGGGUCAAGCAAGAAACGCAAGCGUGAAACAUCGAGGCGUGGUCCAAAGAUGCCCGAAUGGAUCGACAACGAGUUUAUCGAAGAUAGCGAAGAAGAGUUUGCUCUGGGCGAAGCGCAUGCCAGCUCGCACAGUUCUUCUCCGCCACGCCUGUUUGCCCGUGAAGAGCAUAUCUCUCCGCAUACUUCUCCAUCGCCAGCGCCAGAAAAUAGCAAGGCAGAUUUGUUUUUACUGGAUUCCGACGUAGAGUAA